AUGAAAAUCGAAGCCUUUGCCUUCAUCCUGGCUCUUGCCACCAAGGGCCUUGCCGCCCCGAGCAUGGAUUCAUGCCUUGCCGUCGACGAUCAUCAAGGCGCCACCACCGCUGUUCGUGAGCGGCUCCUUACCAGGCGAGCUGCUGCCUGCAGUCUUCUCUGCUGCCACAAAAAGUCGUUUUCUGGCAUCUGCGCGAAGUGUAAAUCUGUCUGUGGCGGUGGCGGCGGCGACGACGAUGACGACGACGACGACGACGAUGAUGAUGAAGACAAGAAGGAAAAGCAACCCAAGGGCGGCAACUAG